CCCGGGGCGGUUCCGUUCGGUUCCGUUCGGGUGGUACCGAGAUGUACGCGGGGCUGCAGGAGCUGGGGGUGGCCAACGGCGAGGACCUGAAGGAGACGCUGACCAACUGCACGGAGCCGCUGAAAGCCAUCGAGCAGUUCCAGACAGAGAAUGGAGUUCUCCUGCCCUCCCUCCAGUCAGCACUCCCCUUCCUGGACCUGCACGGCACCCCCAGGCUGGAAUUCCACCAGUCUGUGUUCGACGAGCUGAGGGAGAAGCUGCUGGAGAGGGUCUCAGCCAUUGCUUUGGAAGGGAAAGUGGAGGAGAGAUACAAGAAGCUGGAGGAUCUCCUGGAGAAGAGCUUCUCCCUGGUCAAAAUGCCCUCCAUCCAGCCCGUGGUGAUGUGUGUCAUGAAGCACCUGCCCAAGGUCCCUGAGAAGAAGCUGAAGUUGGUGAUGGGUGACAAGGAGCUGUACAAGGCCUGUGCAGUGGAGGUGAAACGCCAGAUCUGGCAGGACAACCAGGCCCUGUUUGGGGAUGAGGUGUCCCCCCUGCUGAAGCAAUACAUCCUGGAGAAGGAAAACAUUCUCUUCAGCAGUGACAUCUCUGUCCUGCACAACUUCUUCAGCCCAUCCCCCAAAACAAGGCGUCAAGGAGAGGUGGUUCAGAAGCUGACCCAGAUGAUUGGGAAGAACGUGAAGCUCUAUGACAUGGUGCUGCAGUUCCUGAGGACUUUGUUCCUGAGGACCAGGAAUGUUCAUUACUGCACCCUGAGGGCAGAGCUCCUGAUGUCCCUGCACGACCUGGAGAUCAAUGACAUCUGCAACGUUGACCCCUGCCACAAGUUCACCUGGUGCCUGGAUGCCUGCAUUAGGGAGAAGUUUGUGGACAACAAGAGAGCUCGGGAGCUGCAGGGCUUCCUGGAUGGAGUGAAGAAAGGACAAGAACAAGUGCUGGGGGACUUGUCAAUGAUCUUGUGUGAUCCCUUUGCCAUCAACACCUUAGCUUUGAGUACCAUAAGGCACCUGCAGGACCUGGUGGGGCAGGACACCUUACCCAGGGAAAGCCCAGAUCUGCUGCUGCUCCUCAGGAUGCUGUCUUUGGGACAGGGGGCCUGGGACAUGAUUGACAGCCAGGUCUUCAAGGAACCAAAAAUGGAGGCUGAGCUGAUCACCAGGUUCUUGCCCAUGCUGAUGUCCUUUGUGGUGGAUGAUCACACAUUCAAUGUGGAUCAGAAACUGCCCUCAGAGGAGAAGGGGCCAGUUCCCUACCCCAGCACCAUUCCUGAGGCUUUUACCAAGUUCUUGCAGGAGAACAGAAUAGCUUGUGAGAUUGGGCUGUAUUACAUCCUUCACAUCACCAAACAGAGGAACAAGAAUGCUUUCCUUAGGCUGCUGCCAGCUCUGGUUGAGACAUUCAGUGACUUGGCCUUCAGUGAUAUUUUCCUGCAUCUGCUCACUGGCAACCUCACACUGCUGGGGGAUGAAUUUGCACUCGAGGAGUUCUGCACCAGUCUCUUUGAUGGUUUCUUUCUCACCGCCUGCUCCAGAAAGGAGAAUGUACACAGACAUGUGCUGAGACUGCUGCUCCACCUGCAUCACAAAGUGGUGCCUGCCAAGUUAGAGUCUCUCCAGAAGGCUUUGGAACCCACCAAGCAGAGCGGGGAGGCUGUGAAAGAGCUUCAUACCCAACUCACAGAGAAACUGGAGCUUCACAAGCCAAGUCCAGCAGAAGUGACUGAGACUCCUCCCAUGGAGCUGCCCUUGCCCACUGUGCCCACACCAGCCCCACGCUGAGCUCUGCCUGGAGUGCCAGAGGAAGAGAGAACUUCCCCAGUGCUCUGCAGCACCUUUCUGGGCUGCCUUUCAGCUGUCUCUGCCUACAGGCUGGAAACAAACAAACAAACCAACCAACAAACCAACCAAAAAGCCACUGAAGCUCCUUCAGGAGACACUGCAGUUUACCCAGCUCACUGGCUCCUGCUGGUUAGAAAAGUCUGUAUGCAGUGCAUUCCAAAGGUUCUUAAAGAUAGCUGAGUGUCUUCUUGUAGAUCCACUUCAAAGCUGCCUGUACAUGUUUGUGGUUUUUUUCAAAAAGAAAAUGCAUCUUUUUAAGCUUGG